AUGGGGAGCCGCAUCUCCAGCAUCCCCGCGCUGCCCCGCGGCGGCCAGGGCCGCCUGCACCGCGCCCGCCACCACCACCUGAAAGAUUCCAUAGGUGGGUCAUUUUCGGCGUCCUCCCACCGAUGCCACCACAAGCAGAAGCACUGUCUCCCCAUCCCACAGUGUGGAGCUCUGUCCAUCAGCCCUCUGCUUUUCCAUCCCCACACAAAAGGAUCCCAGAUCAUCAUGGACACGACGCAGAAGGCAGUGAAGCGCCAGGCUAGCUUCUGCAAUGCCAUUACCUUCAGCAACAGGCCCAUUGUUAUUUAUGAACAAGUCAGGCUUAAGAUCACUAAAAAGCAGUGUUGCUGGAGUGGGGCCCUUCGACUUGGGUUUACUUCCAAGGAUCCAUCGAGGAUUAACCCUGACACUCUGCCCAAGUAUGCGUGCCCCGACUUGGUGUCCCAAAGUGGUUUUUGGGCCAAGGCUCUCCCGGAAGAGUUUGCAAAUGAGGGAAACAUCAUAGCCUUCUGGGUGGACAAGAAGGGACGGGUUUUCUAUCGGGUGAACGACUCUGCUGCGAUGCUCUUCUUCAGCGGGGUGAGGACAGCAGAGCCCCUCUGGGCUUUGAUUGACGUCUACGGCCUCACCCGCGGGGUGCAGCUCUUAGACAGUGAAAUCAUUCCUCCCGACUGCCUGCGGCCCCGCUCCUUCACCGCCAUCCGGCGGCCCUCGCUGCGGCGGGAGACGGAGGACACGCGCCUCUCGGUCAGCCUGUGCGACCUCAACCUGCAGGAGGAGACCUUCCACAUGACGGCCACCACGUGUCCCAUCCCACAGAACUCCCUCAACUCCCAGCACUCCCACCUCCUCCCCUCCCAGCUGGAGAGCGACCUUCGCUUCCACCACCUCCGGGGACCCCAUGUCAAAAUCCUCGAUGACCAAACCGUGGCCCGUCUGGAGCACGCCCGGGAGGAGAGGACUUUGGUUUUCACCAGCAGACCCCUUCGGAUCAACGAGACUAUUUUUGUCAAAAUCAACAAGUCCAAUGCCGUGCGCACGGGGACACUGUCCUAUGGGGUGACGUCCUGUGACCCCAGCACCUUGCGCCCCAGUGACCUCCCCUAUAACCCUGAGUCUUUGGUUGACCGAAAGGAGUUCUGGGCCAUCUGCCGGGUUGUGGUGCCCCUCCAGAGUGGAGACAUCCUGGGAUUUAUGGUGAAUUCGGAUGGUGAGCUGCACUUAAGUCACAAUGGUGCUGGCACUGGCAUGCAGGUCUGCGUGGACUGUUCCCAGCCCCUCUGGAUGUUCUUCGUUUUACAUGGAGCCGUUGUGCAAAUUCGACUGCUGGGUUCCACCAUCUUAGCAGAGCGGCUGGGGCUGUCCACACCAAGCUCACCCGCGUCGACACCCAACUCCCCCACUCUCCUCUGCAGCGGCAUCUCUGACCCCAUAUUGUCUACAUGUGGCUCUGGCCCCCUCUGCAGCUCUGUCAGUGGCACAGCUCCCAACUCUCCCAUCAGCCUGCCUGAGUCCCCCCUCUCCCCAUCCGUCUCAGGGCCCUGGGGAGAUGAAUGUACCAUCUGCUAUGAAAACAUGGUAGACACAGUCAUUUACUCCUGUGGACAUAUGUGUCUCUGCUAUUCAUGUGGGCUGAAGCUCAAGAAGAUGGCCAAUGCUUGCUGCCCCAUUUGCAGAAGGGCCAUCAAAGAUAUAAUCAAAACAUACCGCAGCACUUAGAGCAGCAGCAGAUGCUGUGGUGGGAACUGGGUACGUGGGGAAGAGGCUGUGACACAACACAGGUCUUGGUCUCUAUUAAUCAUCCAGGAGAUUAAAAAAAACCCAUCACCCACCACCACCCUGAGCCCUUUUUUCCAUGGACAACGGAUGAGACAAGCUUCGAUGCUGCUCUUCUAUCCUCCAAGCAAGCCCUGGGGAUGAAUUCCAGUAUGUCAGGGAAGUUGUGACAGUCUGCUCUCCCUUGUGGAUUUUAAAGAUUAUCUCAAAAAAAACAACAACAACAACCAACAAAAACCCAAAACAAAACAGCUGGUGCAAUCAUCCCUUUUCUACACCAGGCACAUUAGAAGGGACUCUCCAAUGUUUAGCAGAGACAGCAAGCAGUAGAAGGUUCAGUGCUACACCUCUUCUUCCAGAAGAUACCCUGCAUGCAGAGGACAGCUUAGCAGAAGAGGAGAAACAAACAUGUUUCUGUGUACAGCCAGCCUGACUGUAUGGAGCCUCUUAGAAAGGACGGCAAGCUUUGACCCAGCAAGUGAGGUGUGGUGACCACAUUCACAGCAGAAAGACCAUGGCCAGUGCAAAAUGGAUCCAGGAUUUUUGAAGCAAAACCCACCUCAAGUGUGCAGGCAGAAGAGCAGCCCCAUGGCAGCCCUUCAAGUUCUGUCUCCUGCUCCUCCUUCUCUGUUCUCUGGUGGAAGCAUUCACUGUGGAUUUGGCAGUCAGCUCUGGCUUGGCUUCCUCCCAGCAGUGUCCAGCCACCUCCUGUCACUAUCCUGCUGCAUGAGGCGCGGCUCUCAACCCCCAUCAAUUUGCUGUGGGUUGUCCUGAAUGGUUUCCAUGCAAGACAAGGGAUUCAGCAGUGUCUCUGCCCCCGUGGGCCUGUGGGAGAGGGAGAUGUGUCUCCCUCAGCUUUCCUUCCCCUGCCAUCCAGACAGCACCUGUGAGGAACAAAAUAAAAGAAACAACAAAAAGAAACAACCACCCCGAGUCCCCCUGGUGAAGAAUGUAUAAACCCACAAGUCUGCGGGUUUCAUUUACUGGUAACUUUAUCACUGUGCUUUAAGACAAAACCAGCCAGGUGUUACUCGGCCCUUCACAGCCAGCCCACUGGCAGGACAUGGCUGUCCUUACUUGUUAGGAAGAGAGGAGAACAAAAAAAUAGCUUGAAGGGCUUGGCGCUCAACCGGUGCUCCACCGUGGCCACCAGGCUGGCCCAGGGCUGCUGGCCCUUGGGCUUAGGCAGGGCAGCUCCAACAGCAGCAGGAACUGCCUGUCUCCCCUCCAGCCCCAUCCUGCUGCCUUCCAGGGCCAAGCAGGAGUUCGGGAUGGCAUAUGGGCCCCAAGGGGUGAGCAGGGCUGGGGCACAGCAGCAGUGGCAUUCACCCUGCCAUGUUGCCCACCAGACCAGACUUGGGAAGGCCAUGGAGUUUCACCCUCCUGCCAAGCCUUUUCCUCUGCCCAGCACAUGGCUGCUGAUAAGACAAGGGGCAACAGCAUGGCAUGGGAAUAAAAGCAUUUCACAGACAUGCCUAGUUGCUGCAGGGGGGCAUUGUGCCUCCCCAGGCAGGAGGCAGCUGAAGGAGAGCUCUCAGAGGCUGCUCCCAAGACAUGUCCUGGGAAACACGGCCUCAUCCUGGCAUCCUGAGGAACCGAAUUAAGAGGCUACUAGCUGGAAAGCAUGUUGUAGAGCCUUUCUCUAAAGGCACCACCAUCACUGCAGCCUACCACGGGGGUCUGUAGCCACCCCCAGCCUGCCCUUGCAGGCAGUACUAACUUGAACACUGAUAUUCUGGUUACAGGGAUUUAUAUUAUUUCUUUGCAUACCUCUCCUAUACACCCCUGACCCAGCCCAGCCCUGCACUCCAGGCCAGCUGUCACAAGCCCUGGAGCACCAUGGCUUCUGUGCCUGGAUGCCCCAGUGGGGGGUUUGGAGGAGGCCAGGUUGGCAUAUGCCUGGGGUGGCACAGCAGCCAUGCCAGGAGCACAGCUGGUCCACAGGCAUACUGUGAGCCUCCAGAAUUCUUAAGGACAGACCUGUGACUAGCAGACAAAGGGAGCCUGUUUCAGUAGUUACACAAACACCAGUACAAAGAUUGUAGAGAGAAGGCACCUAAGGGGUAGGAAGAUGAUGAUGAAAUAGUGGAUGUGGGGAAAUGUGCAAUAAGCAGCCUCCCAAGCCUUCAUGACACCAGUGGGACUGGUUCCCCCGCUGUGCAGGGCAAGCCAAGGGGGUAAAUAUUAUUUUUCAAGGAAUGCCAUCCGUGGGUACCAGUGCAGUGGUGUGAAUUCCCUUUUCACCUUUCAACUUCAGAGUGUUUUUUAUAUAUAACUGUGUUUGUUUUACUGUGGACCAAACUCUAGGAGUUAGCAGAAGCUGAAAACAGCCCCCAGCAUCCAAGCUUAAAAAUUGGGGUUAAGUCCUGCUCUCAGAAUCACCUGGCCUCCUAUUGUGAGCAGGAAGGAGGAGAGCAAGGCUCUCACCAAGGAGGAAAAAAAACCCAAACAGCAAAAGCAGUAACAGUAACAACAAUCCUAAACUUUUGUUUUGUUUGAGUGGUGUAGGUACCCAAGUACCUGUGUUCUUGUGUCAUUUGCAUUUCAUUGCUUUACUUUCAGAUGUUUUGUGUUCUGUUUAAAGAGAAGAAUAACUCAUUGUGGAAAACUGGGUAACUGUGAUUGUGAAUAAAGUUGAUUUAGGUAUCCUGCA